ACUAGCACCGCCUAGUGCCAACCAGCCAAAGCUGCCGUUCCCGCCUACUGCCCACCUCGCUUACCCUCAUUUCCCCCGGCGAGCCGCCGCGAUGCAGCGCUGGCUCCCGGCCCUCCUCCGCCGCGCGGCGGCGGGCGCCUCUGGAGGCGGGGCCCCUUCCGCGCGCCGGUGCCUCUCGUCCUCCUCCUCCUCCCUCCUCUUCGACGACACCCAGGAGCAGUUCAAGGAGAGCGUGCACCGGUUCGCGCAGGAGCACAUCGCGCCGCACGCCGCCCGCAUUGAUUCCUCCAACUACUUCCCCAAGGAGGUGAAUCUGUGGAAGCUCAUGGGGGACUUCAACCUGCACGGCCUCACCUCACCAGAGGAGUACGGAGGGCUCGGGCUCGGUUACAUGUACCACUGCAUCGCCAUGGAGGAGAUCAGCAGGGCGUCCGGGUCGGUCGGCCUUUCCUACGGCGCACACUCAAAUCUCUGCAUCAACCAGUUGGUCCGUAAUGGCAGCGCUGCGCAAAAGGAGAAGUACUUGCCAAAGCUAAUCAGCGGAGAGCAUGUUGGGGCAUUGGCAAUGAGUGAACCCAACUCUGGCUCUGAUGUUGUCAGUAUGAAGUGCAAAGCUGAGAAAGUUGAUGGCGGCUACGUCAUUAACGGGAAUAAGAUGUGGUGUACAAAUGGUCCAUCUGCUCAGACACUGGUUGUUUACGCGAAAACGGAUAUAACUGCUGGAUCAAAAGGAAUAACUGCAUUCAUAAUUGAGAAGGGGAUGCCAGGAUUCAGUACUGCCCAGAAGUUGGACAAGCUUGGCAUGCGAGGAAGUGACACAUGCGAGCUUGUCUUUGAGAACUGCUUUGUGCCUCAAGAGAAUGUUCUUGGAGAAGAAGGGAAAGGUGUUUAUGUCAUGAUGUCUGGUCUUGAUCUGGAAAGACUUGUAUUAGCUGCAGGUCCUAUUGGGCUCAUGCAGGCAUGCCUUGAUGUUGUUCUUCCUUAUGUUCGACAGAGGGAGCAAUUUGGCCGUCCGAUCGGUGAAUUUCAGUUCAUACAGGGGAAAAUGGCAGACAUGUACACCUCCUUGCAGUCAUCAAGAUCAUUUGUAUACUCGGUUGCUAGGGACUGUGAUAAUGGAAAAGUUGACCGCAAGGAUUGUGCAGGAGUAAUCCUCUUUGCUGCUGAAAGGGCAACACAAGUUGCACUUGAGGCAAUCCAGUGUCUUGGUGGCAACGGAUACAUCAAUGAGUACCCUACUGGCCGUCUCCUGAGAGAUGCCAAACUGUUUGAGAUUGGGGCAGGUACUAGUGAGAUAAGGAGAAUGAUAAUUGGCCGUGAGCUGUUCAAAGAGGACUGAGACUGUUCUUUUGGAAGCCAGGUAUCAGUGCAUAUCACUAACUGGAGGAUGUGAGCAGGAUCUAGACAUUAGGGAACUAUCCCUGAGGUUCAAUGUUGGAAUACAUUCUAUCUAAUCCUUCUCAUACCAUUGUACAUGUCUGACAUACUUGCAAAUAAAGUGCAGCUUUCUUUUA